UGUGUUUUGAGUAAUUUAUUUUUAUAGAGUGUUCGCUUAAUUAAUUUGAUAGUAAUAUGUGCAUAGUUUGUUAUUACCAGUUCUACUGCGUAACAUAACCUUAUUUCUCUACGCCAGAAUUAAUACAAUUAUGCUAUAUUAACUUAGUACAAUAUAAUAAUUUUUUAUCUUAAUCGCGUUUGUCGUUGAUACUCAGUUAAUCAGUUUUGAUUAAUUCAUAACCUAUUCCUAUAUUAUUGGCUAUUUUCUGUUUCUUUGUUAUGAAGUUGUCGUUACCUUGUGCGUGUAAUUUGCAGCCUUUACAUAGAAUUUAGGAGCUAAUCUUAUACAUUGCUAGUUAAAAUCUUUAUUGUUUAUAGGUUCUACAAUUCUAAUCCUUCAAUGCUGAGUCUUUUACUUGGAACGGCUACAUGGUGCGCGUUUGGUAUCUUCUGGUUCUUCGCAACAUGUCUAACACUUAUCAAGACUACUUUUACUUAUCCUAGAAUUUUCCCUGUUGCCAUCUUGACUGUUUCGGUGGUAUCUGAUUCAGUAUUCCAUAAGUAUUCACUUAAGAUUGGUAGUAGGCUUCUUGUAACUGCGUCGGCUUUAAUGUAUAUCUUCCGAUGUUAUGAUUGGUUACCUCGGUAUUUAUUACCUUCGAUAUCUUCAUACCGUCGUAUAUUAUGUUUUGCAAAGUUGGAUCCGUAGCCAAUACUCGUGGAGUUCCUGCAUGCACACUUCUUUCUACGAUGAUUGGUUGCAUACAAACCUCGUUAACUUGUAAGGUACCUUUUCUUGCUUGCUAAGACCAUUCCGUCGGUGUUGAAUCGUUUGUUAUAAUGUCACUAAUUUCUGACUUUCCAAUUUUAUCACGUCUUCUUGACCAUUCCAGUAGUAUCAACUUCAAUUCUUCGUACACAUUUAUUCCAAUUUGGUAGUUGGUUUCUCAUCACUGCGUUGACCCUUGUAUAAACUUCUUCGAUGUGAGUAGUAAAUUAUCGUUGUCACUCACUUAACAUAUCUUAGUUAUUUCUUAACUCUUCCUGCAUUUAUUGACUGAUUUUAUUUCU